GGCAAAGCAACCACCGUGGAUCGUGUUGUUCGUCCUUCGCGCUCGGUUUCCGAGGUUGACCCGCCGAAUCGCUCGCCCGUCGCCACCCCCGAUCCAUUAUCAGAAACGCGCGCGUUUGAAAUCCACCGCAGAAAGUCCUUCGAGACUCUUGGAGUGUCCGUUUACCAUGUAGGAAAGUUCAUCGAACAAUGUGCAUCCCGAUUCUACAGAUGCAGAGUCCCCGUGUGCCGUGAAAGUGCGUGUUUUGGUGGGUGAAGGUUUUUGACUGAGCAAUGACGAGAUCGACGACCGUGCAGGUCGUUCUGACGAAUUCUUACGAAGACUCGCUCUGGGAUGUCGUUUCUUCGAACAGCAGCGAAAUCGACCUGGAGACGACAAGCGCGAGUUCGGCCGAAGGCGAGGACGGCGCGGAAGAACUCAACAAUUGGUGGGCGAUGCUGGCGCUCAUCUUGGUUCUGGGAACGGCCGCGGGGAAUAUUCUGGUAUGCCUGGCGAUUGCCUGGGAGCGCCGGUUGCAAAAUGUUACUAAUUAUUUCCUGAUGAGUCUGGCCAUCACGGAUCUCAUGGUCGCCAUCCUCGUAAUGCCGCUGGGAAUUCUUACACUCGUGCGAGGAUACUUCCCGCUGCCGUCGGUUUAUUGCCUCGCCUGGAUCUGCCUCGACGUGCUAUUCUGCACCGCCAGCAUAAUGCAUUUGUGCACGAUAAGCGUGGACCGUUAUCUAAGUCUGCGCUACCCGAUGAAAUUCGGGCGCAACAAGACGAAGAAAAGGGUCACCCUGAAGAUCAGCUUCGUGUGGAUCCUGAGCAUCGCGAUCAGCCUACCUCUGAGUCUGAUGUACUCGAAGGAUGAUGAUUCGGUGCUAGUCGACGGAGCCUGCCAGAUUCCCGAUCCCUUGUAUAAGUUAAUCGGCAGUAUAAUUUGCUUUUACAUCCCAUUGGGAGUAAUGCUAUUAACGUAUGCAUUGACAGUGAGGCUGCUGGCGGAACAACAGCAGAACAUCGGCGGGACAGGAGCAGGUUGGUCAUCGGGGUGGUUGGAUGCCCCUCAGGGUGCCCCUCAAGGUGCACCCUCCGUGGCAGGAAUAGAGCGGCGGGGCACCUGGAAGAGAUAUCUCCUGAACAAGGGUUCGGGUGGCAGCGGCGGCACGCCGCAACACACCUCCGGCACGUCGACCGACACCGAGCUGACCACCCUCGACACCCACGAGCUCUGGCUGCAGGAAAGCGAACCGCCACCCUCAGCCAUGUCCGCCCUCCACGCCUUCGGCGCGGAGAUGCUCAAGCUGUCGAGGGGUCUCGAGGGGAUGGCCGGUAGUCCCGGCAGUCAGACACCAUCAAAAUUGACGGUUCAACACCAGCAUCAUCUGCAGCAACAGCAGCAACAGCAGCAGCAGCAGCAGCAGCUGUUGCAACUGCAGCAACACGGUCCAUCACCGCGCAGAUGCAGUUUUCGCAACGGAAGUGCAGAAAGCACAGAGAGCAGUAUGUCCUGUUCGAGGACAAGCCUAUCAACGGAAGAGUUCACAAGUCCGUGGAAGCAUCGAAGACGGGCUUCGACCUACAACGAGGCUCAUCUCGAGAGAGCGAUGCAAAUUUCGGGCUCGCCGAAAAUUCCCAGAAAGAGAUCCUUCAGUUUCCACGAGCAGUCGUCCUGUCGCAAAAACGAGGACGACUCGACGACACGCAAGAAGUAUCACGACAAAACACCGGAGGGACCGAUAACGCUACCACCACCCUGCACGUGUCCUUAUUUCGGGGAAUCCUCGAAGAAAUUGCCGCCGUCGAGCGAGAUUGUCAUCGUCUCCAGCGAUACUAUGAAGCCUAUUAGCCACAAAAGUCUGGAAGUGAGUCUCUCAGGCGAGACCACGAGACCGGUCGGCAACAAAAUUCUGGAAAUGGGCUUGCUGGGUAGGAACAAUGCCAGAUCAGAGGGUGCCAAAGGUUACGAACCGCUAACCCUCGCAAAUUCUGUGGUCACGUUGCGAGGCGGAAGGCGAGGCUCCAGUCUGGGCAACACCAAGACCCUGUUGUCCACUAAUGCGAGAGCGAUGCCGUUACGACGCGCGGCGACGAUGCGGGCGCACAACGGCGCGAUGGGCGCGAGUCAGAUUCUGAAGCAGAGCAAUCCGUCGUCGCCAAAUCUACUCCGAUGCUCGGGUGGGCAGGUGCGUAGUCAUCACUCGCGCAACAGCAGCGUAAUUUCCCGCAACAGUUCCCGCCACGGCAGGAUCAUCCGGUUGGAGCAGAAGGCGACCAAGGUCCUGGGCGUCGUGUUCUUCACAUUCGUGAUCCUCUGGGCACCCUUCUUCGUGCUGAAUCUAGUGCCGGCUGUGUGUCCCGAUUGCGAACGUCGCAUUGAUCGCAAGAUCUUUGACCUGGUCACCUGGCUCGGCUACGCCAGUUCAAUGGUCAACCCGAUCUUUUACACCAUCUUCAACAAGGUCUUCCGUCAGGCGUUCAAAAAGGUGUUGCUCUGCAGGUAUCGAAGUCAAGAGUGGCGAGUACCGGCCAGGUAGGCCCUAGGCCCCGGGAGACCGGGGAUCGCCAUCAGCAGAGUGUAAACGAUGGAAACGGAAAACCGGUACGCGAACUGUUGAUGAAUUAGAAGAAUGAAGAGAGUCAAAGAGACAGACUCGACAAGUAAGAUCAAACUCAUCGGAUGGUGCUAUUUCUACUCGCGCGAUUGGCUUGUUUCGAGAAACAUUAUGUAACUUGAAGACUUGAAUAGUUCACACUCUUGAAUAUCGAUUGUUGCUGGAUUAAAAGUUCGCUAUCGAACUUUCCUAUUAGCGGCCUCCUGUUAAUGUUUCGUGUCCAAUAAUAAUUUUAACGAACUAAAAAUAUUUUUUUAAAUCUUCCUAUAGUAGCUCCUACGUAUACUAAUAAUACUUCAUAUCAAUUACAUAUCAAUAUUCAAU